AUGUUGGUCCACAACUUCCACCGUCGUCUCAGCCUCCGCAGCUCCCCCAGAUUCCGAUGCGUCUUGGAUCAGAUCGCCCCCAACUUGGCCGUCUCCUCCUCCUCCCUCAGCUCCGUCUUCACCUCCGCCAACCUCGUCGCCGCCGCCGCCGCCUCCGGCUCCGGCUCUCUCCACGGCGCCGUCACCUCCACCAUCACUCAAGUCGCUGUCACCGCCGUCGCCAUCGCCUCCGGGGCUUGUCUUUCCACCAAAGUUGAUUUCUUGUGGCCCAAACUCGAAUCGCAGCCUGGCUGUGUUAUGGUGGAGGGAGUAGACGUGACAGGAUAUCCUAUAUUCAAUGAUCCAAAGGUGCAAAAGGCUAUUGCAUUUGCCAAGAAGGCUCACCAUGGCCAACUGCGCAAAACCGGAGACCCUUAUUUAGUCCAUUGUAUCCAUACAGGAAGAAUCUUGGCCAUGUUGGUUCCUUCUAGUGGUGAAAGAGCUGUUCAUACGGUUGUUGCUGGGAUUCUCCAUGAUGUCGUUGAUGACACAUGUAAAAGUUUCAACCACAUAGAAGAAGAGUUUGGUGAUGAUGUAGCCAAGCUUGUGGCCGGAGUUUCCAGGUUAAGUUACAUAAACCAGCUUUUACGGAGACACCGCAGGAUAAAUGUGAACGAUGGGAGACUUGGUCACGAGGAGGCAAAUAAUCUACGAGUCAUGCUCUUGGGCAUGGUUGAUGAUCCACGUGUAGUGCUUAUAAAGCUUGCAGAUCGUCUUCACAAUAUGAGAACAAUCUACGCUCUGCCUCCAGAAAAAGCUCAAGCUGUUGCAAAGGAGACCUUGGUAAUUUGGUGUUCUCUAGCAUCCAGAUUGGGUUUAUGGGCUAUGAAAGCUGAACUUGAAGAUCUUUGCUUUGCUGUUCUUCAGCCUCAAAUGUUUAAGAACAUGAGAGCUGAUCUAGCUUCCAUGUGGAGCUCUAGCAGCAAAGUAGGAAAUUCGAAAAGAAUAUCUGCAAGAGCAACCUUAAAUGAAGGAAGUUCAGUUUUGGACAAUGAAAGAUCCAUAGAUGAUGAAGAUGUCACAACCAUGAAGGAUCUCUUGGAAGCUGUAGUACCUUUCGAUGUAUUGUUAGAUCGGAGAAAACGGUCUAAUUUUCUAAGUACUCUAGGACAAGAUUUGCAGACUCAUAAAAUACCAAAGGUUGUGCAUGAUGCUGGAAUUGCUUUAGCAUCUCUGGUAAUUUGCGAGGAGGCACUUGAGCAGGAGUUGAUCAUAUCAACUUCUUAUGUUCCAGGGAUGGAAGUAACUUUAUCCAGCCGUUUAAAAAGUUUGUAUAGCAUCUACAGCAAGAUGAAACGAAAAGAUGUCAGCAUCAAUAAAGUUUAUGAUGCCCGUGCAUUAAGGGUAGUUGUUGGAGACAAGAAUGGGACUUUGCAUGGACCUGCUGUCCAAUGUUGCUACAGUCUUCUCGGCACUGUGCACAAGCAUUGGACGCCAAUUGAUGGUGAGUUUGAUGAUUACAUUGUCAAUCCAAAGCCUAGUGGCUAUCAGUCUCUGCACACUGCAGUGCAAGGUCCUGACAGAUCACCUUUGGAAGUUCAAAUACGAACACAGAGGAUGCAUGAGUAUGCAGAACAUGGACUUGCAGCACACUGGCUUUAUAAAGAAACUGGAAACAAGGUGUCUAACAGAAGUAGCACUGAUGAAUCUGAAAUAGAUGCAUCAUCCUUUCUCUCCAAAACUAUGGAAGACCAAAAUGCUACAGAAAUUGAUUUCUUUCGGAAGUAUAGUAUGUUGAAAAUUGGACAUCCAGUUCUUAGAGUGGAUGGAAGUCAUCUUCUUGCUGCAGUUGUCAUUAGGGUAGAGAAGGAUGGAAGGGAAUUACUUGUUGCUGUGAGCUUUGGACUAGAAGCUUCUGAAGCAGUCGCUGAUAGAAAAUAUUCUUUUCAAAAACAACGGUGGGAGGCCUAUGCAAGGUUAUACAAGAAGGUUUCUGAUGAGUGGUGGUGUGAACCAGGACAUGGGGAUUGGUGCACUUGCCUAGAGAAAUAUACACUUUGUCGAGACGGUAUAUACCACAAGGAAGAUCAGUUUGGGAGAUUACUGCCGACAUUCAUUCAGGUGAUUGAUUUGACAGAUGAAGAAGAAUCUGAAUAUUGGGCUGUUGUUUCUGCUAUCUUUGAGGGAAGACAGCUUGAUUACAUUACACCUACACCAAGAUUUAACUCCGUUGCAUCAACUUCCAUGGAAACUAGCAUCAAUAACAAGGUGCAUUUGUUAAGGACAAUGCUAAGGUGGGAAGAGCAGUUACGGUCUGAAGCGAGUUAUGGGUAUCGACGGGGAUCUGUUGUCCUUGGGGAAGUGGUGAUCAUAUGUUGGCCGCAUGGUGAAAUAAUGAGGUUGACAACGGGCAGCACCGCUGCAGAUGCUGCUAGGAGGGUAGGACUAGACGGAAAACUGGUUUUGGUUAAUGGACAGCUGGUGUUGCCUAAUACAAAGCUCACAGAUGGUGAUGUGGUUGAAGUCAGAGCGUAACAGAUAGAUUAUAGCGAAACAGGAAAAAAGACAUCCUUUUUCAAGGUUUCUCGAGUUCAAAGUGACACAGCAAAUUGAAGGACGAAGACGCAAUACCCAGAAUACAAUUUUUGGGAGUGUUGAUGGGCUCUUAACGGUACCUGUAGGAUGAAAUAGAACAGAUGGUUCAAUGUGAGUGAUUUGUGUUGACAAAAAUUGUAUAUAAGUUUCGACUACUUUGUUAUUAUAAAAAAAGUAAAUAGUGAAAAGAACUCGAAUACUUAAUUUAAGCUUGAUUCUUAGU